UCAUGUUUUACUUUGUUCUUAACCAAAAUUACAAUCCAGGAAUAAUAAAUGAUUUUCUAACAAUGUAAAAGGUAUCAGUUACUGUUCUGUCAGGUAUAUAUUCAAUAAAAUCAGAAUAAUACUUUGAUUGCUGGAUUGUUUAACUACUUGUGUUCUGCAUUUUGUAUCAUUAAAUAAAAAGAGUUUUGUGAUGAGCUGUAAAUAAAUAAAAAAAAACAGGACAGAGGAAAUAUGAGCAUUUUGCAGAAUGAUACUUUUGCAGUAUCAUUCCUGUGUAUCUUAGCAACAGCGAUUAUUCGGUAGCAUUAACUUCUUUUGUGAACAUAUUGCACAAGUGCAGAUGUGCACAUAAAUGAAAGUAAUAUUGAGUCCACUCAGAGUGACCUGAACUUCUCAAGAGGGGAGGGGCUUCAGUACCAUGCUACUCACUUUCUGAGAAACUGAAACUGAAGAGCUGAACAAAGCCUACUUAACCUGUCCUCCUCGCACAUCGUGUACUUCUUUCUUAUUCUCACCAUGAAGCUUCUUGGAGCUCUGAUCCUGGUUUUGAGUUUGUCCACAGCAUGUGGAUUAAAAUGCUAUGUAUGUGCACUCUCUGACCCUCACUCCUGCACUGAUGUCUUAACUUGUCCUGCUGGUAUGGACCGAUGUUUCAGCCUUACUACAAGCGGUACCGUCACUAAGGGCUGCCAGUUCACUAGCUUGUGUGUCAGUCCUAUGAGCUGCUGUGAAGGGAACUUGUGCAACAGUGCUAUCCCAACUGGUCCCAGUGUCGUGCUCCUGCUGGUGUCUUCAGCCAUAAUCACCAUCUUCCUCUGAAGCUCUGGAACAACUACAUCUUAAUCAUGUUUUACUUUGUUCUUAACCAAAAUUACAAUCCAGGAAUAACUUCUAAAAAACUAACAAUGUAAAAGAUGUUAUUUACUGUACUGUUGGUUAUAUUUUCAGUAUAAUCAGAAUAAUGCUUUGAUUUGUUUAAUUAAAUCGAAAACAGAUUUGUUGUUGCUGUAAAUUUAAAAUAAAAAAACAGGACAGAUAAAA